AUGUCUGCAGUUAUUUUGGGCUUCUGUGUGGUGUUGAUGGCUAGCAUUUCAUGUUUGGGACAAACACUUGAAUGCUUUCAUUGUAAACUUGGCUUUUGGGACAUGUGCCAUACUACCAGAAUGAACUGCAGUGCUGGGGAGCAGUGUUUUGUUGGCAUUGGUGUGGCAGCCUCUGUUGUGAAAAUCAAGAUGAUGGGUUGCCUUGAAGAUGACUGCAACAAGACUACUGUUGUGACUUUCCCUGAGAAUAAGACCCUCUACAAAAUGACAAAGAACUGCUGUGAUGAAGACUACUGUAAUGGAGGCCCUGAAGUCCAAAUGGCAUCACUUACCCUGUUGACACUAGUUAUUGCUCAGAUAAUGGGUCUAACUUUAUAA